UCCAACCGAAAAUGCAGAUGUAAAUGCGAGGCGACAGUGGGCAAAGCGAUAUUUCGUUAUUUCAGUGGGAGAGGGUGAGGGACAACAAACGUACACACAGCCGCACAUCGGUCUUAUGUUUAACGUCCUGCUACAAUAGGCUCUAAAAAAAAGUCACUACCGGCAGAGACGCGCAGCGAUAAACUAUAAAACGUCAUGUGAUUGUAACGUAAAACCCCCUAACCGGAAAACAACGACGGACGACCCUCUCCGCCACCAACGAAUGCUGCGUUUGCGAGGAACAGUACAAGCUGCUGCGAGCCCAGAGAGGACGGACGAGUCCCCGGUAAAAAACAAACAACGGUGACACGGCUAACUCCACCGAUUUAAGCGGAGAGCAGGUUGAAGAAUGGAGUUGGCCAACCAUGGUCUUAUCCUGCUGCAGCAGCUUAACGCUCAGAGGGAGUUUGGCUUCCUGUGCGACUGCACUGUGGCCAUAGGAGAUGUCUUCUUCAAAGCCCACAAAGCUGUCCUCGCUGCCUUCUCCAACUACUUCAGAAUGCUCUUCAUUCACCAGGACAGUGACUGUGUGCGCCUGAAGGCUGCUGACAUACAGCCAGAUAUCUUCAGCUACCUCCUCAACCUGAUGUACACAGGCAAGCUAGCGCCCCAGUUGAUAGACCCUGCACGGUUAGAGCAGGGGGUCAGAUUCCUGCAUGCCUAUCCACUCUUGCAGGAGGCCAGCCAGUCUGUGUAUUCACACCCUGAGCAAAGCAUCAACCUUUCCACGUCCCUCUACGGCAUCCAGAUCUCUGACCAACAGGUAGCGCUGUCAGCUAGGUUGCCCAAUCGACGGCAGCUCUCCUCACCUUUUGACAUGGAGCAGCUCAGCUCAGAGGGCAAGUGUCCGUCCACGUCGGCUGCCACAGCUUCAUUUGCAAAUUCCUUACCGUCCAAACUUGCUUCCUCGCCCCUAGACAUGGAGGCCUCAACCAGUGGCACCAAGCCCACAGUUGAGGAGGGGGGAAUGGACUUGCUAAGUGCAGAUGGUUCCUCAGCCAGUGCAAUCCUCCAUGUGAAGCCCAGCAUCAUGAAGAGGAGUUCCUCAUUUAGGAAGCAUUAUUCCUGUCAUCUGUGCAGGAGCCGAUUCACCCAGAGAAGCAUGCUGAGAGAGCAUCUCCUCCAACACACUCAGGCUCUACAGCAGGCGCCAGCUGAGCUCAGCAAUGCACUCUCACCUGUCAUGACUGGAGAACAUAGCAUGCUAGAGGUGGAAGGGGUCCUUAAGGGAAGCAAGGCAGGGUCAGGUGCCUCGGCUUCCACUACAGCAGUAGAGGUAAUCAGUGAUAGCGAGCAAACGCCUGUUUCAGGUACCAACUCAGACUCUCCCCGAGCAGAGGUGUCCACGUCCAGCUGGGGGCUGGGAGGAUUAAAUUCUCAGGCAGACACACCACCUCCGUCUGACAUUGCGGACAUCGACAACCUGGAGAGUGCCGACUUGGACAGGGAGGUGAAACGGCGGAAGUACGAGUGCUCCACCUGUGGGCGCAAGUUUAUUCAGAAAAGCCACUGGCGCGAACACAUGUACAUCCACACGGGCAAGCCCUUCAAAUGCAGCGCAUGUGGAAAGAGCUUCUGCCGGGCCAACCAGGCAGCCCGCCACGUGUGCCUGAACCAGGGCGCUGACACCUACACCAUGGUGGACCGACAGAGCAUGGAGCUGUGUGCUGCAGGCGAUGACAGCAGCCAGAUGGAGGCGAUGUUCAUGGGCUCAUCAAAGCCUUACAAGUGUAACAUUUGUGCGACCACCUUCUCCAGUCCCAACGAGGUGAUCAAACACUUGUGCUUCACCCAAGGGGGAUUAGUGGGGCUGCAGGGUAGCACGGGCGCAGGGAUGCUGCUCCAGCGUGAAGAGUUUUCCAAAGAUGAAGGCUCUGAUUUGUCCAACUCUGGCACCCCACUGGAACCCAUAAAGACUGAGGAAAUCCUUGUAGAGUAGUGCCAAAACUGUGUAUUUGUCUAUUUUAAAUUAUGGUUAAUAGGUAAGCUAAAAGUGAAGUUAAUCAGGGUGUGUAUGUUGGAGGUUCACAAUCUACCAAAACAGUUUUGUUUUGUUUUUUUUGGCCCUUUUUGGAGAGUAUGACUAAAAGUAUAUUAAAUAGUAAAGUAACAUCAAUUGAAAAGCAAAUAACAUUUGACUCUAGGCUAAAUUGAAUACCAAUGAGUGAGAAAAAGUAAGUAUUAUUUACUCCUUCUCAUCAUUUUAUUGGUGGACUACAUUGGUAUUAGACUCUCACAUGUCACACUGUAACACCUUUUUUCACGAGAGCUACCGUUGUGGUAAGGCUGCACAGGCAGACUUUAAAUAUAAAAGGAAGAGGAAGCUGAGACAGUUCCGGAGGAGACAGCAUGGUUUGAGAUGAGUUGGCUGUGCUAGAUUUGAGGAGGUGAAAAAGCCGCAAUCUACUAACAAUCCCUCUGGAGUUCCACAAAACAGUUUCUUCUUAGUCAUAAAUGAGAGGCUAAUUCUGCAGAUCAGGUAUUGAUUAUAAUUCCAGUUCAAAAGCAUAUGCUAUAUUCACACCCAAGACAAUCUGUGCUUUUUUUUUUUUUAUUUUUUUUUUUUUUUUGAGCAGAUGCCUGGAAAUCUGAUGCAGGAAAGUACUUUUGUCUUCCAUUCAUGUUUUGGUUGACAGUUUGGCUCUGCAGAAAUAAUACCUUAAAGUGUUAUGGCCAUUUUUGCGUCCUUUUCACCAACUGUUUAGUUGUUUUACUCUUGUGUUUUGUUGAAUGUGCUAAGUGUGCGUAUGUCAUUGCACCAUAUUAAAGCACAAUUGCUCCUCAUAAUUAGAUUUGGGCCACUGAAAGUCGGUCACAGCAAGGGAGAGUGGUCAUUUACUUUUGAUUUACUUAUUGAAGAAACAACAUGGUCAUUCAGAAAUGCCUUGAUGGGAGGCUGUCCUGUACAAUACUGUACAUCUUAUCUUCAUAUAAUUUGCUUGAAUAUACUUCUAAAAAAGCCCUUAAUUUUAGUUUGACAUGCUUUUCUAAUUUUAUAUUCAGUGGUAUAUUUACAAAGAUUACUUUAUAUUGCAGUGUUGUAUGUACUGUAUAAUAAUAGAGAAAUAGCUUUUAAAAUAGGAUUACAUUUGGUUUAUUAAAUGUUUAUGUAUUAGGGAUGGGCAUGAUGAAUCUAACUUUAAUUUCUUUAAGAAAUGGGUUCAAAUUUGGGAUUCAGUGUUUCUUCCCCUGGGUGCCAAUGGGUGCUAAUUGUUAGCCUUUUUUGGUGCAAAUGAAAACCUUUUCUGUAUAUUGUUAAUGCCUUGAGCCUUUUAUAUUUUGACCAUGGUGAUGUACAUAUAUGAUGCAGAGGUUUGAAAGUUCCACCUUUAAGCUUGGAGGUCAUAUAAACUCAGGCAGGGAUGAACACAAGGUGAUUUAGCUUUAAUGAGAAGCUGUUGGCAAGGAAUAUAAAAUGACAGGGUGAUAUCUAUACCUAAGUGACUGGAUACGUGUGUUAUGGGAAUAUAAAAGAUGCUAUUUAUUUGAACGUACGACUACGUCCACUGUUCGGGAAAAACAGAAACACUUUCUUCGUACUACUGAUGACUGGAAAUUGUGAAAAAUCUUUACGUAAGUCCAAUUAAUGUGAAGCAGUUAUAUCAUGGUGAAACAUGUCAAGUUUAACAGUAGCGCAAGUAGCAUAAUACAGGUUGUUUGGGAACAAAAUUCUCAAUUAGGCUGUUUUCAGGCGAAGAUGGUAGGGUUUAUGCUAAUUCAAAACAUAUUGGCGAGCAUCACUGUCUUUCGGGGGGGGUAAACUUAACUUUUAAACUAUCCAUAACUUAUAGAGCUGAGGUGGGGGGUUUUUAAUCUUUACAUAUUUGAAUAUUAAGAUGACGUUAUUUUAGGAAGGGUUGUAAAACUGUAUUGUUAUUGUUCCGUCUGGUGGAAAAUAAAUUAUACAGUGUAUUGUUUUUGCUCCAUUGCAUUUUUUUGCUCCAAAAAUUAAAUAAAGUGGAGACAAUAUGAUCUCUCAAACUUUAUCCAACCCAUAAUAUUGCAAAAACCAAUUUGCCAAUUUAAAAGCAGAGUUGUUAACUAAGCCACACAAAGCUCACUGAUGUGUAUUUUAGAACAUUAUUUUAAAUGUAGUCUUUGUUGGAUUUAUUGACUCGUUUCCACCUUUUUAAUUAUUUACAUAAUUUUAUGAAAAUCUAAAAUAAUGCCCAUCCCUAGUAUGUUUAAUAUGCAUAGGUGUGUGGUUUUUUUGAGCCAGUUUUACCCAGCCUCAAGUACAGGUUUGUGACAGUGAGUACCAAUUCAGUUUUAAUGGGAUUUUUUGCUGUAUCAAGUUUGGAGUAGCAGUUGCUGCUUUGAUGCAAUGAGCCCAGUGUUUGGCUAGAUGGAACUAUUUCUCUCAUGUCUACUCAGGUCUAGUAAGGGGGAAGGCUGUUAUAUUAGAAGUAAUAUCUUACUUACUAAUGUUUUUGUGGUGUGCUUGCCAAUUAUUUGAGACUUUUUUUUUGCCAUAAAUCAAUAUCCUAUCAACAACAAAAAAAAUCAGUGAAUUUAAUUUUAACAUUUAGUAGUUACUAAUAGGGAAGGAUUCUACAUUAAUUUGUCAGAGCUCAGUUGAUCGACAGGAAUAUGCACAGCUUUAUGAAGUCUAAAUCCUUCCUCACUUCAAGUUGUAAUUGUUCUUCUGCAACAUCAGUCUUGUAACUCAGUGGUUGUGUAUGUGUGUUUAAACAUCUCAGUAUCUCAGGAAGAUGAGAAGUUUGACAUUGUCUUUUCUGUUCAAAACAGUGAUUAAAUUUCCAGCCGGUGAUGCUACUCCCCAAUGCCCAUCUGACAUCUACUGUGAUCAAUCUGUGUUCUCAGGAAUGUGCGUGGUUUUCUGUAUAAACAACCUUGGGGGGUUUUUUUUUCAGUGAAGAAUGAACAAUAAAAACACGUCUUUUUAUAA